AUGAAAUCUCGCCCCCCCAAAAUCAUCCGCGACUACCUCACCCCCAUGCCCUCCCACCUCCUCACCACCACGCUCUCAGACCUGCUCCACGCACCACCGCCGCUGUCUUCAUCGCUGCUCAUGUCGUCGGAGAGACACCUUCCGCAGGGCCACCACUUGGUGUAUUUCCCGCUGCAGACGGCGGCGAGCGGGUUGGCGUUUGACGGGGCGGAUCGGGAUCAUGCGCCGAGCGGGGAGUUUACAAAGAGGCUUUGGGCUGGGGGGGAGGUGCGGUUUGGGGGGGGUCAAGGGCUGGUGCUUGAUGGGAGGGCGUGGGUGUGUAGGGAGGAGAUUGGGGAUGUGAGGGUCAAGGGCGGUGGGAAGUGGGAUGAAAGGGUGUUUGUGGAUUUGUGGAGGAGGUAUGGGCUUGGGCAUGGGGUUGGGGAGAGGAGCUGGGAUGUUGAGGAGAGGAGGACGUUGGUAAUCAUUAAAUACCCUCACCCCCCUACACACUCUAUCUCUCUCAUCCCCACGCCUUCCCACCUCUUCCACUUCUCAGCACUCACAUUCAACGCCCACUCCAUCCACCUCGACCCCGGCUACGCGAGAUGGCAAGACGGGCACAAGACGAUUCUCGUGCACGGGCCGUUGACGCUGGCUCUUAUGCUGCGCGUGCUCAACGACCAUGUUGCUGGUGCUGGAAGAGGGCUGGUCAAGUCUAUCGUGUAUAGGAAUUACGCGCCGCUGUAUGUUGGCGAGGAGAUGACUGUUUGCGUGAGGCGGGUGAGGGACGAGGAGUGGGAUGUUUGGGUGCAAGGGCCAGAGGGGGGGAUGGCGGCCAAGGGGAGUGUUGUGGUGGAUGCGAGCAAGAUGUAG